UUACAGGCUGUGGGCAUGUUUAUAGGAGAGUUCACCUGUCUGGUAGCUUAUUAUAUAAUUAAGAUUUGUUGUCGACCUCAACAACCUGUAGAAGGCGAGCAGCCAAGGUCAUUUAACCCCUUAAUAUUCCUGCCAGCAGCCAUGCUAGACAUGUGUGGAACCUCUAUAAUGUAUAUAGGGCUAAAUCUAACUUACGCCUCAAGUUUUCAGAUGUUAAGAGGUGCAGUCAUUAUCUUCACGGCAUUAUUAUCUGUGGCGUUUCUAGGCCGUGUGAUACGUAAACACAUGUGGGUAGGAAUGUUUACUGUGUUAUUAGGUCUGUUGUUGGUUGGACUGGCAGAUAUUGUAUUUGGGUCACCUGAUGGGCCGAGCACAAACACUAACGGCAUUAUAGCAGGUGAUUUACUGAUCAUUAUGGCUCAGGUGAUAGUCUCGGUACAGAUGGUGUAUGAAGAACGUGUGAUCGGAAGAUUUAAUGUACAACCUCUGGCAGCCGUCGGAUAUGAAGGACUUUUCGGGGCCCUUGUUUUAGGAUUAUUGUUGAUACCUUUUUACUACAUUGAUGCUGGAAGUUUCAGUCAUGCGGCAGGAAAUAGACUGGAGAACGUACACGAUGCAUUCGUACAGAUGGGAAACAAUUGGAGAAUCAUUUUAGCUACAGUUGGUAAUAUAAUGAGCAUAGCAUUUUUCAAUUUUGCUGGUAUCAGUGUAACUAGAGAGUUGAGUGCCACAACAAGGAUGGUGUUGGAUAGUGUUCGAACACUGGUCAUCUGGGCUGUAACACUGUCACUUUCCUGGCAGGAUUUCCAAUAUUUACAGGUUGUAGGGUUUAUAUUGCUGAUACUAGGAAUGAUGUUAUACAAUGAUAUUAUCAUCAUGCCAUGGUGGAGACGUAGGCGUGAGAUGAGAGAGGUCAAUCAAAAUGAUAGGAACACUGGCGAGAGAGAAAGACUCCUGGGUAAUAGAGAUGAUGGCCAUGCUGUGAAUUAACUUUACCUUGACAACCGUGCCUAUGACAACGGUACCUAUGACAACCGUAUCUAUGACAACCAUACAUAUGACAACCGUACCUAUGACAACCAUACAUAUGAAACUGUUGGUUUAUUAUAUGUGAUAACACAACUGACAUUCGUUUCAUUCUACUAAUUUUACUAAAAUCAAAACACCAUAAUAAGUCAUUUCAUAAGGCUACAAUGAAAUAACCUUUGGUAAUAGAGACAUUUUAGAGAGUAUAAAUGACUGUCUCCAUAUGGUGGCUGGAUAUUUUAUAUACAACUAUAUUAUUAUUUCAAAUUUAAAUGUAUGAUGGAAUUUUCUUUAGAUAAAAGCACAUUCCUUUAUAUGAAAUAGUUAUAAAUGACAAUUUUCACCCCAAUUUUGAUUCAGAUUUUAAUUUGUUAUAUACCUAUUGCCUGUUGGUAUAUUAAAUGUAUAAAAGCCAUAUAGCAUAAAAUAUUGGAUGUUAAAAGGAUAAGUCGUACAACUAAGAAGAAAAUUUAAUUUUAACUUUAGGACUUGGCCUGUCCUUAUGAUUUAGAACAGUUCAUUAUAAGGUUAAAGGAACUUCUCCCUAAAAAGAUAAAAUUUGAAAAUCUAACAAACAUCAAGAGAAGCACUUUAAAUUGAAAAUUCUGCAAAGAAUAACAAGGAAAUAUACUAGGUAUAAAAUUGUAAAUUGAUUUUUGCAUAAUUCUAAGCGAAAUUGAGUAAAUUCGUGUACCAAUUGAUCAAGGUCUGGACCAAUAAGUUAACAUGGAAAUUUUCAGGUCUUUCCCUUCCCUGUUUUACCAGAACACUUUUUAUUUUUGGGUCAUUUUGCACAAUAAAAUGAGCCACGUCACGUCACGUCGCUUAGCAACCCUAUUACAUGUAGAGAAACUGAUAGCGAACAGCAUGGAUCCUGAUCAGACUGCGUGGAUGUGCAGGCUGGUCUGGAUCCAUGCUGGUCGCAAACCCAUUAUAUUGGUUUUGUCGUGACACGGCUCAAUUGAUUAUUCUGGUAAAACAGGAAAAGGAAAGACCUGAAAGUUUGCACACAAGUUAUUGAUCCAGACCUCCAUUAAUUGGUACAUAAAUCACGGAAAAAUAUUUCCUGUCCCAUCAUGUCAUAAACCUCAAUGGAGUUCCUUUUUAGGGAUUUACAUAUUAAGAUAACUUAAAUCGGGCAGCUAACCUCUGGUCAGAUUUCAUUGUCAUACAGGCUUUAUUCUCCUCUAUAUAGCAAAUUCUGGCAAUGUUGAGUCCUUUAUCACCAACAAAAUUUUCAGGUUUACUUAAAAAAAAUAAUUUUUAUUUAAAAAGCAUUUUUUAUAUAUAAAAAUCAAAAUGCAUUUAAAUAAAGACUAGUCCAAAAAAUAUUGCAUAUUUUUCUAAAUCUUGAACAAUUCAGGGGCCUUAACAUACUGUUAUUCACCUUCAUUUAUAUAAUUUUGUGUUUUAUUUGAAUAAUUUUGUGUUUAAUUUGAAUGAACAUUCCUAUUAAUGUUGAAGAAUCUAAUGCUGGCAAUGUAAGAUAUAUUUGUUACUUAUUUAUUACAUAAUGUUAGUUUUUGAACAAUCAUUGGCUCUCUGUUUUAUUAAUCUAUCCCCCCUUGAAAGAUCUCUCAUAUUAAUACUCAUUACUUUAGCUAUGAUUAUAAGACAUUCUAUAUUUGAGCGGCCUGAAGACAAAACCAACAUAGUGCGUUUGCGACCAGCAUGGAUCCAGACCAGCCUGCACAUCCGCGCAGUCUGAUCAGGAUCUAUGCUGUUCGCUUACCAACUCUAUUACAAGUAGAGAAGCUGAUAGCGAACAACUUGGAUCCUGAUCAGACUGCACAGAUGCGCAGGCUGGUCUGGAUCCAUGCUGGUCGCAAACGCACUUUGUUGGUUUUGUCGGGACGCGGCUCAUUUGUUACUUAUCUCUGGCUUAGGUGCCAGAUUUUUACAAGAGAGUUCUAUUUUUACAUAUUUGUUUACUCCCUCUUGAUUACAUACAAUGUAUAUCAAACAUUUUGCAGUAAACACAUUGAUUUUCACUGUGUAAAGAUUAUAAAGGGGAUUUAGCUCAUAUUGUUUCGAAAUUUUGUGAUGUAUAUUAUGUUUAUAAAUAUCAAUUUGGGUUUAGUUAAAUGGGAUUUAAAUAUCAAGGUGCUGUAAAGUGUUUAUAUGGAUUUACUUUACUGUAUAGUGUAUCUAUAGGGUUAUCUGCUAAAGCACUCAACUUGCAUGGGGUAAUAGUAAACUGCUUCUGUGUAAUAAAGGGUUAAGAAAUCAAGAUAUGUCCCUAUAUUUAUUUAUAAGCUGGGCACCAGUAUAUGUAUCUAUAGGGUUAUCUGCUAAAGCACUCAACUUGCAUGGGGUAAUAGUAAACUGCUUAUGUGUAAUAAAGGGUUUGUCCCUAUAUUUAUUUAUAAGCUGGGCACCAGUAUAUGUAUAAAUUUUCAAAAUAUAGAACUUAAAAAAAUAAAAAAGAUAAUAAAAAAAAUAUUAAAGAAUAAAAACAAUAUUAAAGAAUAUAAGAAAUAAAUGUAUGCAUCAAGAUAGUGUUGAACAAACACGAACAAUUCAAAAGUAUAGUGAAUGUGAUUUUGUUUAACAUAUUUUGUGUGUGAUUUUUCUAUUUUUUUCCUAAUUGAUAUUUUCUAUUUAUAUUAGCGUUAUAUUUUGCAUUUGUAAUUUAAUUGUUAUAUUCAGUGUGCAAUUUGAAUGGCUUGGCUAAUUUGUAAAAUAGUGGGAGCUUUUAGACUCACUGUUGUGUUAAGUUUGCAUAACACUUGGUUAAGGUUUUUUGUGUGUAUAUUUAUAUCUCAAACUCCAGGAUCAUAAAUGUUGGUCACUGUCCAAGACCCAUAACUGUAACAAAAAUUUUGUCUGAAUUAUACCCCUUGGUUAACUAAGAAUGAGAUUUCACACCUGUCAUAAGGGUGAUUAUUAUAAGCCGCUGACCAAGAUAAACUAUUACUGAUGAGUUUAAAAUGAAUUAUUACAUUGUCCACUGAAAACAUUGGAAAGUGAAGGUUGUUGUAUGCAAACCGCAACUACUGAAUGUAUUCAUUCGAAACUUUAUAAAACUAUAAUUUCAAGGUUAUAAUUGUAAAUCCUUAAUGGGAAAUCUUUAAUUAGGGCAUGGUUUAUCACUGAGUUGAUCCCCUUUGAGAAUCCUAAAUGGUCCUUGUUUUGCCAUUUAAAAUGUCAAAAAGCACCAAAAAUAGUCAAGCAUACUAUCUAAGUAAUAAUGUUUGGAUAUACAUAUGAUUUUUUGCUCUAAAUGUAUAUACAUGUAUGUGAGAUUGAAUAUAUUUUUGUUAAUAUUUUUUAUGUUAUAAAUUGAAAAAUAUGAAGGUAGCCACAUUUGUGCUAAUUGGCUUAUCAAAUUGACAGUAAAGUAAAACUUUGUUCAUCUGAGCACGUGUAAUCUAAAAUCCUUUCAUAAUUGAAUUAAUUUCUUCUAAAACAAUUAUUUUUAUUCUAUCAUAAAAGAAAUAAUAGAGAGAAAAAAUAGGUAAUUCCGAAACCUUUUUAUUCCAAAUGAUUCUUUUCAAGUUAUUGUCAACUUUUAGAAUUGACGGUGCAUCUUGAUCAUCGUUUAAUUGGUUAACUGAUAGUAUCUUCGAUUAAACAAUUAACACAAAUGAUGGCUGCAUAUUUUACCUGUAUUUGAUAACAAAAUAUAGUUAAUUUGUACAAUGGAACAUUGAUUUGUUCACUGUUAGUUUGUAAUGAUUGUUACAUUUGUUACAUUAUUUUAUUUAUUAUAUUAUAUUUAUAAGGUCUCUCAUAAUUAUGAGUUUAACUUCAAGGAGAGAGUUCAUUUGCAGAUUUAUUUCCAGAUUCCCUGAAAUUUAGUAGGAAUUGCAUACUGUUAGUUCCUUUCAAAAUGUGCCAUUAGAAGGCACACUUUCCCGAGGUCAGUGUGACUUAAAAAAAAUGUAACUUAAGCACAAAAAAUAAUCCAAUAGGUUGUAUUUCAAUAACAUUAUUUUAAAAAACUUGCCUAGGCUAAAUAAUAAAAAGAUUAUAGUUAAGCUGUCUCCGAUAUAUCUUAUUGUUCCAUGUAAAUCAUCAAAUAUAUCUUAUUUUAUGUUAAUCAUUAACGAUAUCUUAUUGUUUCAUGUAAAUCGUUAAAUUCACGUAACUCAUUAAUAACAUAAGAUGACAAUAUGCUUGUAAUUUGUGUUAAUAUUUAUCUGGUAUUUACUGAUAUUUUAACACAACCGUCUUGACUGAAUAACUAACCAGUAAUUCCAAACACCUCCAAAAGUGACCUAGACAUCAGUUCAGUACAGUAUAUGCAAGUCUAAAUGAAUAUGUCAGUUAUAUUUUGAAUACUGAGCCAGCUUAAAUGCUUUGAAAUUAACAAUAAGCUGAAUAUUUGGGGUUUAAUUUGUUCAACUUAAUAUCUGUGAGAGACAUUGACAUCUUUUUAUUCUGAUAAUAUCAUGUUUAACUUCCGUGAGAUGAAGUGCCUGCAAAUAUGUGACAAAUACAGAGAUUUGGAUAUUUUAAUUGCUAAUAGAUCAUCAUGUUAGUGUGAUUUAAGAAUCACCAAUUAUGAAUGCAUACUUGGUCCUUCAUGUUUGUUUACUUUUUCGACAGCGCAUAUGAGUUUGUAAAUUAAGUGAUCAGUCGCCAAUUUACAUAUGGCACUGUUAGUGUGAUAAUUGUAUGUUAAUAUGUUAUAGUGUGUAAGAUAUUGAAUAAUAGCUUAUUGUUGCUUUAUAGAUAUUAAAUGUGAUACAUGUAUUUUUUAUUAUUAUUAUUUUUUGGUUUCUUGAGGUUGUAGAUUAUUGUUAUUGUAAGUGAGCCUUUUUUUUUAAAAGACACUACAAAAUAGUCCGCACUUGCCCUAUAUUGAAGUCAUUACUUUUCUCUGCAAUAUUGUAUGUCUUUUGUUGAUCAAACAUUAUUACUAUCAUGUUAGAAAAAUAUACAGAUAUGAUACCAUGUACUGAUAUUAUCAAUCAAGUUUUCCACAAUUCCGCCUUCCACCCUCCUCCAUCCCGGUUGGUUGAUGUCCAAGAACACAGUCCGCUGUUCUCAAUCAACCUUUCCCGAAACCGCUUUUCCUCCUGUGGGUUGAAGACUGAUGUCCUAGGACACAGCCCAGAUAUUCUUGCAUGUAUGCUUUCACUGUUUCAACAUUGACCUCUUAUUGUUUUAUUGACAAUUGUUGCAUGUAAUAAAUGAGGGGGGUCAUUCCAGUACCAUUUAUAUUUAGAUCAUAGGGCCCACAGCUUCAAACUUGGGAACAAAAAGUAUAUCUUGACUAUGCUUCAGUGUAAAAUAUCAUUUAUAAUAUUAAGUAAUGUCAUUUUUCUUUCACAUUUUAAGUACAAUUUAAUGCAAAUAAAAUCUCUUUUUUUUUCACAUUAAUGAAGAAAUAUGUAAAAAAAAUUGUCAUAAAAGCUGUUAAAAUGUUCCGAGAUUUUUUUCAAACAUGGUACAUAUUUUUUCACCAUUCAACAGAAAUUUUCACUUUUUUAGCUCACCUGAGCAUAUGCUCGGGGUGAGCUAUUAGGAUCACUCUUCGUCCGUCGUCUGUCGUAUGUCAUCCGUUGUCCGUUCACACUUUUAAAACAACAUCUCCUCUGAAACCAUAAGGCAGAUCAUAAUGAAACUUCACAGGGAUGUUCCUUGUGUGAAGCCUUAACAAAGUUGUUCAAAGAAUUUAAUUCCAUGCAGAACUCUGGUUGCCAUGGCAACCGAAAGAAAAAACUUUAAAUAUCUUCUUUUAAAAACCCUAAGAGCUAGAGCUUAGAUAUUUGACAUGAAACAUCUUCUAGUGAGUGUCUACCAAGUUUGUUCAAAUAAAAGCCCUGGGGUCAAAACUGGCCCCGCCCCAGGGGUCAUUGAUUUUCCUUAUAUGUGUGUAGCAAAAACUUAAAAAAUCUUCUUUGAAAAAACCCAAAUAGCUAGAGUUUAGAUAUUAAGCAUGAAACAUCUUCUAGUGAGUGUCUACAAAGUUUGUUCAAAUAAAAGCCCUGGGGUCAUAAUUGGCCCCGCCCUGGGGGUCAUUGAUUUUCCUUAUAUGUGUAUAGCAAAAACUUAAAAAUCUUCUUUGAAAAAAACCCAAAUAGGUAGAGUUUAGAUAUUAAGCAUGAAACAUCUUCUAGUAAGUGUCUACAAAUUUUGUUUAGAUAAAAGCCCUGGGGUCAAAACUGGCCCCGCCCCAGGGGUGUCAUUGUUUUUAACUAUAUGUGUAUAGUAAAAACUUAAAAAUCUUCUUUUAAAAAACCCAAUGAGUUAGAGCUAAGAUGUUUAGCAUGAAACAUCUUCUUUUGGGUGUCUACCAAGUUUGUUCAAAUAAAAGCCCUUGGGUUAAAAUUUGCCCUGCCGAUGGGGGGGGGAGGGGAAAGAUCAUUGUUUUUCAUUAUAUGUGUGUAGUAAAAACUUAACAUUGUGAAACAUCUUCUAAUGGGUGACUCUUCUGAGUCUGUUCAAAUAAAAGCCCUGGGGUUUAAACUGGCCCAGCUCUGGGGGCCUAUAUCCUAUAUACAGGUGAGCGUCCUCAGGGCCAUCAUGGCCCUCUUGUUUUCUUUAAUGAAAAUAAGUUGAUUGUUAAAAAUUGUAUUUCACAUUGACUGUAUUUGUUAUUUGAUUGUACAUGUAUCUGAAUUGUUGUUUUUUUGUAAAUGAUCUUUAUCAAUUAAAUCCACACAAUAAAAAUUAUUUUGAUUAAAA